UUUAGUACCGAAACUAUCCGCAAUUACCGGCGUGUUUGGACGCUGAAGCUCAACUGUCUUCAUUAACGUUCCGAACGAUCGAAAUGUUCAUUUUCAUUAGAUCGAAAUAGAUUUCUGUGUGAAGUUCGAUUGUCGAUACGCGAAUGCGUAUCCUCUGGUGACUUUUCCGACGUCGGACUCAUUAGGUUCUAGUUCUAAAUGUUUUUUAUUGGUUGCCGCAACGAAACUGUCUAAAUGCAACGUAUUUUCGCGAUACGCGCUGUUUUUCCUGCGUUAACGUGCUCGCCGCGAGUCGUUCGCAGGGGACUCGAUGAAAAACCCAUGAUUCCAUUCGAAUUGUCGGCCCUUGUUUAUCUACGAUUAAAACCAGAAGGAAUUGGUUAGAAAAUAAUAAAAUGACGUCAAGAAAAGUCGCGUGAUCGGUCUCGAGGCUACGGGACUGGUCAGAGGUAUCUCACGCGACGACAGUGGUGUUCGCUUAAAAGUUCCUCUCCGGUGAACGAUGAAAUUUCCGAAAUGUGGAUACCGUGCGUCGAUUUCUGGUUAAAAGAUCUUUCCGUCUCGAGAAAGAAGGAUUUCACGUAAAUUCCGGGCUAGUCGACGCGUGCUCGAGGAAAUCCCGAUAAGCGGAGGGAAGCCAUUCGAUGAGAGUUACUGCCGAAACAUUUCCUCGCUACUCGUCCCGCGAGUAAUAAUAAUCGGUUCGAGACUCGAGAUCCGUGCGUACCGUGGCAUGCUCUAAAACUUUCGACUUUUCCGGCGCGCAUUCUUCCAACUUGGCCCUAUUUUACAUCUCCGCGCGAGUAUUCACCGUUCCGGACAAUUACGAACAAUUACGGACCAAUAGUAUUUUUCCUAGUUUUUUCCCCCCUCGCGGUCGUUCUUAUUGCAACAUCGAAUCGACGAAAUGACAUUUUGUAGAAUAAACGAAUCGUAGGAUGAAACCGCAGUGCCAGUGAGAUUACCGUAACGAACCUUGGUGCGCGAUUUAAUGAACGAGCACAUACCGUGAGUGCACGUAGUGCUAAGCCUGUGCCAACACCGAGACCGAGAGUAUUCGUAUUCUUGGGAAACGUGGGACCGACGAGGCACGAUCAUCCUACGGAUCCAGCAGGAAACCUGUGUGCCCGAUAUCCUCGUAGAAUGACCGACCCGAAAAUCGAGAUGCAUUACACACCACCAACCUCGGACACUAUCCAAACGAAACCCUUUCCCAUUCGAGGUGAACGAGCAAACUUCGUGAACAAACCUCAUGUGAUCGCAAUGGUCGGUUUGCCGGCUCGCGGUAAAACGUAUAUAUCGAAAAAGCUCUGCAGAUAUUUGAACUGGAUCGGUAUCAGCACGAAGGUGUUCAAUCUGGGGGAGUACAGGCGGCAUGCGACCACUGCUUACCAAUGUCACGAAUUCUUUCGUCCUGACAACAUAAAAGCGAUGGCGAUACGCACUCAGUGCGCGAUGGAUGCCCUCAAGGAUGUCUGUCAGUGGCUCGAGAGUGGAGAUGGCGAGGUGGCAGUUUUCGAUGCCACUAACUCUACCAUAGAGAGACGUCAAUUGAUUCAUGACAUCGUUGUGGAGAAGAUGGGCUUCAAGCUCUUCUUCGUCGAAUCUGUCUGCAACGACCCAGAGAUCGUUGAACAGAAUAUUAUGGAGGUGAAAGUAAGCAGCCCCGACUAUGCGAACAUGAACAAGGAGGAAGUGUUGGCUGACUUCAUGUUAAGGAUCGAACACUAUCAAGAAAAAUACCAGCCACUGGACGAGAAUCAAGAGAGCGAUCUCUCCUUCAUGAAGAUCUACAAUACUGGCGAGAAAGUAUUGGUCCACAAGCAUGAGGGUCACAUACAAAGUAGAAUAGUUUACUACCUUAUGAACAUUCACAUAAUACCGCGUACAAUCUACUUAACCAGGCACGGGGAGAGCAAAAUGAAUCUUGAAGGUAAGAUUGGCGGGGACUCGGAACUGAGCGACAGAGGUUGGGAAUACGCUAAAGCUUUGGCUUGCUACAUCACUGGUCAGGAUAUUCAGGGUCUGCGAGUGUGGACGAGCUGGUUAAAAAGAACUAUACAGACGGCGAACGACGUGAACGUGCCUCAAGAAAGGUGGAAAGCGCUAAACGAGAUUGACGCGGGUAUCUGCGAGGAGAUGACAUACGAGGAAAUCGCGGCAAAGUAUCCGACAGACUUCGCGGCAAGAGAUCAAAAUAAAUUUUCGUAUCGUUAUCCGAGAGGAGAAAGCUACGAAGAUUUGGUCGCGAGAUUGGAACCGGUGAUAAUGGAGUUGGAGCGACAAGGAAAUGUUCUGGUCGUUAGUCAUCAGGCUGUCUUACGGUGUCUGCUCGCCUAUUUUCUGGACAAAAGCGCAGACGAACUGCCGUACCUGCAAGUACCACUGCACACUAUCAUAAAAUUAACACCCGUCGCUUACGGUUGUAAAGUGGAACAUAUUCGAUUACCCAUCGAGGCAGUGGACACGCAUCGCCCGAAACCAAAGAUCCCAGGAUAUCUAGAGGAACGAUUUCGAAGGAAAGAAAAUUUGCUCCACACGUGAUAACGACAACGUUAUAGCACGGCAGAGCUUAUUCUUGCGAUCGUUCCGAGGUGCUGAAGACGCAUUCGUUUGGCAGCUGGCUGCCAUUGCACGUCCAACGCAACGCGCAUCCAUUUUACCUUCCAACUCCGAACAAUUUAGAGACGAAAUAUCCGUAACACCGACCGACGAAAACUUUUGUACCAAUUAUGCGACCGGAAGAUAUCUUUUUCUUUCUGUUCUCUCUCUCUCUCUUUCUUUCUUUCUUUCUUUCUUUCUUUCUUUCUUUCUUUCUUUCUUUCUUUCUCAUUUUUUUUCUGUUGUUGCAAUACAAAACGUACGUUAGUACUGGCACGAAACGUACGCGCACUCGCCCAUACCGUUUUGUAUACCUCCGAGCUAUUUCUGGGAAGGGAGGAAUAUUUUAUUCGAAUCGAGUAUCACGGAAAAGCAUCGCAAAUCUAGUGUAUGUGUAUUAGUCAAUCGCGUAUUUUAAUUUCCUUUGAAAAUUUUCUGCGAUCACCGAAUGUCGCGGUUGAAACGAAGCCAGAGGCUUUUCAUUGAAACUGGCCAAACAGAAACACGGAAUGUCGCCAUUUGCUUCUUCUUUUUAAAGAUACUUGACCCGAUUGUUUUGGAAUACGUCCGAUUCCAUGUAAUUUAAUCGUUGUUAGCGUAAACGACGAGUCGAUCCUUACAAGUAUUUUUUUGAAAAUACGUAGCGAUCGUGCAACGACGUUUCAUAGUUUUACAAAAGUGUUACUUUCUGUUUUUUCCUUACUUUUUUUCUUGAUACCAUGUACCGGCAAUCAUCGAUUUAUCGAGGUAUUAGAGAGUAAGUAAUCCCGAGACGUUAACGUGUCACACUUAAAAAGUUUGCCGCCUUACAAUAAUCUAGUUGUUGGUACAAUGGAAUAGGUUUCCAAAAUACAUUUGCUCAGAUAGUCGAGCGAUAUAAAAGAUGCUAGACAACAUUUCGAAGUGUAAUUUAUUUCGAGAGAAAUGUACAUAUUUUUUUAAUGUCCUUCACAUCAGAAGCAAAUACAUUUACUUAAAAAGAG